AUGUACACCUUUCACACCGUUCUGUUCUGGGUGUUUGGCUUUUCUGUAGCUGAGGCCUCACCAGACUACAGAGCCCUUUGGCAGUUCAGGGAAAUGAUCGUCUGCACAAUGCCGGACAGCUGGCCCAUCCUGGACUACACCGACUACGGCUGUUACUGUGGAAAGGGUGGUUCAGGCACCCCUGUGGACGAACUCGAUAGAUGCUGUGAGGUUCACGACCGGUGCUACUCUGAAGCUAUGCAGCAUGAUGAGUGUUGGCCCAUCCUCGACAACCCUUACACUGAGAUCUACGCCUUCACCUGUGACGAGGCCUCCAAGACCCUCACCUGUACCAGCAACAACGACCCGUGUGAGAUGUUCAUCUGUGAGUGUGACAGGAAAGCCGCUGAGUGUUUCGCUAAAGCCGGCUACAAUGAGGAGAAUGAACACCUCCCUAGCGACCGCUGUCAGUGA